UUUAUUUUGUUUUGCUUCUCUCUCUCUACAAUCCAUUUCUCUCCUCAAACACUCAUUUUAUUUUCCUUUUUUAUUUUAUUUUUUUUCUCUCUCUCUACAGCCCAUUUCUCAUUUCAUCUUCUCUUCUUCUUCCUUCUCAAUUUCAAGCUCCACCACAACACCCACAACACCAAUUCCAGCGGCAGCAUAGGGACUUCACCGGCGAAUCGACAUUCCGGUGACCGACGGUACAGAUCGGCGGCAGCAGCGGCGGCACCCACAUAGCGGUGACAGUAACGUUUCGACAACAAACUCCGACAAACACAAAUCGGACGAUUUGUAGCAGACGAUCUCGACAAACAGUGACUUCUAGCGACGAGAGUAACUCCCAUUCUGGCGACUAUGGACUCCGGUGGCGCAGAGCCAUUUCAGCCUCCAGUGGGGGUGAGAUAACCUCACGAGCAUUGUACGCCUACAGCGGCAGGACCCGAACGGCACCACAGCUCACCGGCAGUAGCCAUAGAUUCCGGUGACCUCCAUCCUUCCUCUACUAAAACAAAGGUACAUAAAGCAGCAUAACAUGGAAGAAUUUAAUGCUGAGCUAAAGAAUAUUAGUGACGAAAUCCACGAACGGGUCAUCGAAGAAUUGAAUAUUGAGCUAAAGAAAAUAAGAGACGAGAUUCAAGAACAAGUCAUGGAGGUACAGAAUGUAGAGCUAAAGAAGAUGAGACAAGACAUCGAUAAUAUUCAGAAGCAAGUCAUGAAAAUUUUAAAUGUCUUAAAGAAUAUCGUUACAGUUGGGGGUACUUCUCAACCUAAUAAUUUAGUCGAACCUUAUAAUAAUUCAUCACCUAGGGUGGACCCACCUCUUUGUCAAUCAAAAGAGGGCUUUCCUCAGCACAGUUCGUCACAUGACGCUCAGCUUUCCAAGAAAGGCCAACAAGUUCCUACAAACUGCCAGGUUGAAUUCACAUUCAAAGAUGAACAAACACCAAAGGUCAAUUACUCAGAUAAUUUAAAAGGUGAAGAAAAAGAAAAUGUUACUCAAAGAUGGGGAAAAGCAAUAGAACAGCUACCGGUGCCUUUAAUUAAUAAAGAGCCGCAUCCUAAAAUGAAUAAAAGCUCUAUUAAAAGGAAAAAUAAAGUCCUGGCAGUAGUUUCGAAGCGCAAGAGGAAGUACCAACAAGGAUUUGUGGCAUACAGUCCUUCUACGGUACCCAUAAACUCAAUGACUCUGCAGGAUGAUCCACAAACAUUACCUAACAAUCAUAGUAGUCGGAGACAACUAAAGCGAGAGAGCUUUCAUUCGAUCCCAACAUCCUAUACCGAGUUGUUAUCCCAAUUAUUUCAAGGUAAUCUAUGAGCUCCUAUAUCCGUAGAACCAUUGCAUCCACCUUAUCCAAAGUGGUACGACCCGCAAGUCCAUUGUGAUUACCAUGCAGGAGCUGUAGGUCAUUCAACUGAGAACUGUACUUCACUGAAGCAUAAAAAUGCAAGUGCUAAUGAGGGCAGGAUGACUAAAGUUUUCAAAGGAAGAUGGUCAACACAUGAAGCACUAGAAUCAUGAGUGUACAAGAUUAUUAAAAUCAAUGUUGACCUA